AUGCCAGAUAUCCGCUCUUUCUUUGGCCCCAAGGGAGGCGGCCCCCCAGCUGCUCCCAAGCCAGCUCCAAAGAAGACAGAAGAUGAUUCCACACGACGUCGCGGCAAGGGACGCAAGGUCAUUGAAGAUGAUAGUGACGACGAAGUUGUAGAAACAAAGCCCAAGAAGCCUGCAACCCGUUCCAGUCCUAGGAAGAAGGCAGCUGAAAAGGCGGACGACGGAACAGCAAUCACUACCAGCGAGUACUUUUCGAAAUCCAAGGCCAAGCCUGCACCUACUUCCGAGUCCAAAUCAAAGUCUGCUACCAAGCUGGAGGUUCGUUCGAGCCCGAGAACUUCGAAAAAGUCCGAAGCACCUGUCAAGGCAGAGCCGGUUGCUGCAAAAAAUGGAGGAGCAGCAGCAAAUAAGCGCUCAUCCGCCGCACACAAGAAGUAUGACCUCGAUAAUGACGACGAUGCAUUCAUGGAUGACGAUGAAGAAGACGACGACAUAUUUGCAGCAGAUGCCAAGGGCAGGAACAAGAGAAAGAACGAUGACUAUGUUGAAGAAGAGAGCGAGGAUGAGAUUCUACCAAAGCCAAAGCGCAUUGCUUCGAGAGGCAAGAAGCCUAUCGUGGUUGACGAGGAUGAUGACGAAGACGAACCUGUCGUUUCCAAACCCACAAAAGCCAAGAUGGCAUCUGCUAGCAAGAAAAGAAAGACCCCAGAGGCUGAAUCUGAGGACGACGAGGACGAUGAACCAGUUUCCAAGAAGAAGCCGGCAGCCAAGAAACCCAGAGCACCUGCAAAGUCGAAAAAGGCUGAUGAAUCGGAAGAUGCAGCCAUUCAAGCUAUUCUUGACGACAUUCCUACCGUCAGACCUCCGACACCUCCAGCCAAGGACCCGAAUGCACCAAAGUUCGACUGGAGAAAAGCUCAGCCUGGUGGUGGCAAUUCUGGGCCACCUCCUAAUCCUGUUGCUGAAAUGCCAGAAGGCGAGGAAGAUUGUCUUACGGGCCUCACUUUUGUUUUUACUGGGCAACUCCAAACCAUUGCUCGUGAAGAAGCCCAAGCCUUGGUGAAGCGCUAUGGUGGAAAGAUCACGGGAGCUCCGAGCAGCAAGACCAGUUACGUUGUUUUGGGCGACGAUGCGGGUCCAAGCAAGCUGGCCAAGAUCCAAUCUCAUAAUAUCAAGACCAUUGAUGAGAAUGGUCUCUUUGAGCUGAUCCGCCGUCUUCCAGCUGGAGGCGGAACUGGCAAGGGUGCUGAAAAACUACGCGAAAAGCGCAAGGCCGAAGAAGAGAAGAUCAGACAGCAAGCAGUUGAAAUGGAAAAGGAGGAGAAAGCUCGAAAAGCUGAGGCUGAGAAGGCACGUAAACUUGCCGCUGCUCGAGGCGCAACUGGCCCGGCCCCUGCUGCCACACAACCUGCAGCCCAGCUAUGGACAGUCAAGUACGCACCUACGCAAGCGAAUCACAUCUGUGGCAACAAGGCUGCAGUAGAAAAGAUUCAGAAUUGGCUAAGGAAUUGGACCAAAUCCCGCAGAUACGACUUCCAGAAGCGAGGUGCGGACGGAAUGGGCGGCUACCGUGCUGUUAUCUUGUCUGGCCCACCUGGUAUCGGCAAAACAACUGCCGCCCAUCUUGCUGCGAAGCUCGAGGGUUACGAUGUUCUGGAGCAGAAUGCCAGUGACACUCGUAGCAAGAAGAUGGUCGAAAAUGGUCUCGGCGAGGUGAUGAACAACACAUCUCUAGCCGGAUACUUUGCUGGGGAUGGCAAAAAGGUGGAUCUUGGCAAGAAGAAAAUUGUCUUGAUCAUGGAUGAGGUCGAUGGUAUGUCCGGAGGUGACCGCGGCGGUGUUGGUGCUCUGGCCAAAUUCGCCAAGAAGACCGAGGUUCCCCUGAUCCUCAUCUGCAACGAGCGCAAGCUGCCAAAGAUGAAGCCUUUCGAUUUUGUUGCCUUCGAUGUCAAGUUCCAGAGACCGACAAUUGACCAGAUCCGCUCGCGCAUGAUGACUGUCUGUCACAGAGAAGGCCUGAAGCUAUCGCCUCAAGUCUUGGAAGCACUAAUUGAGGGCAGCAACAGGGACAUCAGACAAACAAUCAACAUGCUCUCAACAAUCAAGCUAGAUCAAACCUCGAUGGACUAUGACCAGAGCAAGAACAUGUCCAAGGCCUGGGAGAAGUCGAUUGUUUUGAAGCCGUGGGACAUUUGCCAAAAGAUGCUUGGUGGCGGACUGUUCUCCCCAGCCAGCAAAGCCACCCUCAACGACAAGAUCGAACUCUACUUCAAUGACCACGAAUUCAGCUACCUCAUGAUACAAGAGAAUUAUCUUCGGUCGAAACCCGCAGUAUUGAACGGCCAAGGGUACAACAAACGAGAGCAAAAUCUCAAGGCAUUGGAGCUUGCAUCACAGGCUGCUGAUAGCAUCAGUGACGGUGAUCUGGUGGACCGCAUGAUUCAUGGCCCACAGCAGCACUGGAGCUUGAUGCCCACGCAUGCUGUCUUCAGCACAGUCCGGCCAUCAAGUUUCGUGGCAGGACAGUUGAUGGGUUCUAAUUUCACGUCAUGGCUUGGCAAUAACAGCAAGUAUGGAAAGCUUGGGAGAUAUGUCCGCGAAAUCCACUCACACAUGCGGUUACGGUCUUCGGGUGAUGCCAAUGAGGUUCGCCAACAAUAUCUACCCUUGCUUUGGUCGCAAACAGUCAAGCGGUUGGCUGCUGAAGGCAAAGAUUCAGUGGAUGAAGUUAUCGAUCUCAUGGACAGCUACUUCUUGACUCGCGAAGACUUUGACUCCAUCAAGGAGUUGGGAGUCGGGUACAUGGACGAAGAGCUUGUUUCAAUCGAAACACAGACAAAGUCGACCUUCACUAGGCUGUACAAUCAAAAAGCCCACCCAAUUCCCUUCAUGAAGGCUAGCAAUGUUGGCGCUGCCCCCAAGAAAGCAGCCAAAGAAGUACCAGAUUUGGAGGAAGCAAUUGAAGAGGAGGAUGAAGGUGAUGCCCUUGAAGUUGCCGAUGCCGUCGAGGAUGAUGAAGAUGAUAUCAAGGGUGACAAAUAUAUCAAGCAACCCAAGGCGAAGGCGAAGAAACCUGCCAAGAAAGCCAAGGCUACAGAUGGUGAUGAAGACGCAGAUGAAGAGAAGCCAAAAGCCAAGGGUCGCGCAAAAGCGCCCGCAAAGGGCAAGGCCAAGAAAUAA